ACAAAAAUUUUUUAGUGUCGGCUAACUUAAUUUUCAUAAUACCGAUACCUAUUUCUGUCGCUAGAGCGGCAUGGUGAUCACCUAGAUCCUAGUGACGUCACAGAAAACCCUUGAGCAUUGUAUAUUUAUAAACAUACAUGUGGAUAAAUAUUUUUUAGCGAUGUUCAUCGUUUUUACGUUUUUUAAGAAAUAAAAUAAGUAUUUCUAAAAAUGGUGAAAAAGUGUGUGAUAAAAAAUUGUCUUAGUGGCUCUUCAGCUGAAAGAAAAUUAAAAUCGCAGUUAAAUCAACGACAAACAGCUUUAUUCCAAGUACCAAAAGACCCCGAAAUGUUGCAACUAUGGAGCUCAGCAAUAUCUCAACAACUUUGUCACAAAAAUUUUAUCUGUGAGUUGCAUUUUAACAGUAACGAUAUUCUUAAAAAUUACGAAAAAAUAAACUUACGAAAUGGUGAAGUUUUUGAACUUCCAAGGUCUAGAUUUGAUUUGAAAAUGGGUGCAGUUCCAAUACUGACCGAUGUGACAAAUAAUGACACAACUUCAUCAAAUGAUUAUUUUCGUACCAGCCAUCAUUGUACUGAUAAUGAUGAUUUGCAUACAACAAAAAAUGUAAGCGAUUUAUCCAAUGAGUUACAGCAACAAUUUGCUAGCUCUGCAUUGGACGAUGAAAUUAUUAAUAAUGCUCACUGUACAGAAAAUUUGAGUGAAGAAUUCGAAGAACAAAUGUCAGUUGCAGAUAAUUUUAUAUUGCCAUGUCAUAACAAUUCUGCUCCAUUUUCACUAAAUGAGAUAUUACAACUUAUAAAAGACCGGGGAGUACCCCAAAAUUGGUGUUGGCCUAAACAAUUGGAAACAAAGCCACAUGUGAUUUUAUAUUACAUUGACAAUUUUUUGGAGAAACUAAAAUUAUCAAUUAAAAUUGGUUAUGAUUUGACAGUCCAGAUAACUAUCUUGGAAACGGGAGUUGCUAUUAAUUAUAAUUAUUCAAUAACAUCGCCGACAUCGUUUUGGAAUAUGCUACGAGAAAUAGAAACUUGUCAGUUCUGUAGUGGCGCUGGACUUAACGGAAGAUGCUCAACCGCAUGUGAAGGUAUUUUACAAUCCGAUAAAAAAUAUAAACGAUUUAAAAGAGAAAUUAGAUGUUUAGGUUGUCGCAAGUUACGAAAGAGAUUAUUAAUAUUAGCAAAGAAAAAGAAAGAAGAUUUAAAUAGUCGUUAUAUCACGAUUAAACGUAAACUUCAUGCAAAACAAUAACAUUUACGUCGUCUACAUUUAAAGAGCCAGCAGUUGAUAAAUAUUACCACUACCUUUCAAGGAUACAUUAAAUCGUUAUAUUAAUAAACUAGACAGUGCAUUUGGUUUUCCCCAAGCAAUAUUUGAUACUCUUCGUUUGAAAGCAUCGCGAAUGGAAAAUUGGGCCCAUUAUUAUAUAUUUACAAAAUCAGCAAAAAGCUAAAUCUACAGCUUCAUUAACAUUAAGCAACACUAACGUUAUGUUUAAAUAAAUAGAAAAAAAAAUCCAUUGGUACUUUAUUAAUUGAUGAAAUUUCUUUAAGUGAAUCAGUAAAAUUAAAUACGAAAACAAUGGAGUUCAAUGGCUUUGUCAAUUUAGGUGAUUACACUCCUCAACAUUUAAUAAAUGAAAGAGCUGAUCAUGCAUUAGUUUUCAUGUAUCAACUUUUCCAUGGCUCAUGGGUACAAGUUCUGGGAUACUUUUUGAGUAAAACUGCAAUCACGAAAGAUAUUUUACAUAAACUAAUUACCGAUUGCAUCAUUCAUCGAUCGUAUAAUACGUCUAGGCAACUAUGGUUUAUGUCUGACUUUCCUCACUUAUUAAAAUGCUAUCGUACCAACAUCCUUAAAAAGCCAUCGUUUUGGACUCCAGAUGGAAUAGUCAAAAAAAGUCAUUGGGAGGCUUUAUUGCAACAUGAGCUUCAAUUUAGAUCCAACCUGAAAGUAUCCUAUAAAUUAACGUCGCAACAUUUAAACCCAGUAGGGUAUCAGAAAAUGAAUGUUCGUUUAGAUGAAGAUGUAUAAUAGGUUUAAAAGAUUGAAUUUUUUUAUUAAUAUUUUUCAAAAGCUUUUUAUCUUAACAACAUGAAGUUUUCGAGCAAGUCAAUCAUAAUAUCAAGUAUUUAUUAUUUAUACGAAUAUAUUCACCGUUUUAUUAGAAACAAAUUUUAUGGAUAUAAAAGUUUUAUAAAUCGUAAAUAAAUAUUUUCACAGAUAAUUUAA